AUGGACAUUGAUAUCGCACCCAUUGAAGAAGAAGACGGCGAUGACGAUGACGAUGACGAUGACGAUGACGAUGACGAUGAUGAAGAUGACAAUGACGACGGGUACGAUAGUGACAACGCUGUCCAGGAGUCGGUGAGGUCCCGGAUGUAUGGCAUACGCGCCACUGCAUCCCUCGACGAGACAGCGAGGGUAUGCACUGUGGCGUCGUAUGUCAUGGCGUUCGCCCUACCAUGGGGGUCGAUUAGGAUCUGUAUGCCCUGUUUCAUGAGAAACAGGGGCAGAUUCCUAAGCAUCACAACCGUCGAGGGACACACAACAUCGCGGUACAUAAAUGUACCCGAACUGCGUUGCGAGGAUUGCCGGGAAAGACUAUACGUGUUCUACCUGGCCAACGCUUGUCCCACAUGUCAAGGACGUGAGUAUAUAUAA